AUGUCUUACUGUCGUGAAGAAGGCAAAGACAGAAUAAUAUUUGCUACAAAAGAAGAUCAUAAAGUUCCAAGCAAGGUCCAACUCCCAGCACCUGAUCCACAGCCUGGACUAAUUCUUCCAGAUGGCAGUAUCAACUGGAACUGUCCUUGCUUGGGAGGUAUGGCAACAGGACCCUGUGGUGUACAGUUCAGAGAAGCUUUUUCCUGCUUUCACUACAGCACUGCUGAACCAAAAGGAAGUGAUUGUUAUGAUGCUUUCAAAGAAAUGCAGUCUUGUAUGUCAAAGUAUCCAGCCCUAUAUAACCGUGAUGAUGACAAAAAUGAUGAUUUAGACCUUGAAUCUUUAUCGGAGGCCUCCCAGGCAGAUGCAAGUGACAAACACCCACAGCAAGAAAAAACAAGUGACAAAAGGGCGUAG